AUUUCUAUGGCAACUUGGGGAAAGCGGGUUUAGUCUGUCGCCAAGCUCACAACACUUACAGCGGCCAAAUAUUCGAUCAAGUACACCAAAAUUGUGUUCAUAAGGGUAUUGAUUCUUGUUUAGAAUGGCGUCAGAAGAAGAUGGUCCCAAAAUAAGACCACCAGAACAUGUCAACAUAACUGUUCUCAGAGCAAGAAACUUAAGAGGCUCAAAAGGAGAGACCCUGAAUUCCUUGGUACGUGUUGAAUACAAUAACCAAAGUUUAGGUGAAUCGCCAAAGGUGGAAUCUUCUGCAGACAUAGCAGCUGAAUACAAUUAUAAUGCCAGAUUUGAAUGCACCUUUGAUGAUCCAUUGACAUUGGAUGAAAUAUCCUAUAAACCAGUGCUUGUUUCUGUGAUAGAAGUUCUCCCAAAAGAGAAAAAACAGAAAGAAGAGAAAACAGUUGCACUUGGACAGAGCACUGUUGAUUUGUUACCAUUGUUGAGAGGUGAAACCAAAUACAAGUGUACUUUAGUUGUACAUCCACUAACAGGAUCACCAUUGGAAAAUGCUCCACCUGACCAAGCAAAGGCGGAAAUGGAUGUUGUUGUGUCUGUCAAUGAACCAUUGCUUACUGAAGAACAGUUAAAAGAUUGUAACUUAUUAACAGUCUCUGUGGAAUCGGCAUAUUCUGUUCCUGAACCAUGGAAUCCAACAGGACCAGCCUUUAUCUAUAAUGUAACACUGCCAGUUCCAAUAACAGCAGAUAGAGAAACUACAGUUGUAGCUACCAAUGGUUUGCUCAAAGCAGGUACAGAUAAAGACAUGCCAAGCAGACAAAAGAAAUGGUGUGUUCCUGGUACUGCACAAGGUGGUGCAACUUAUAUUCCAGACAGCUGGAAUAUGGAGAGGAGGUGUUAUAUGGAUUCCAAUGCUGUGCAAAGUUUUCAGAAUAAGAUUGCGCAAACCAGAGUUUGGCCAGUUGAGAUAAUGAGAACUCCUGUUCCAACAGCUUCCAAAGGCAAGGGUAAAACAGGCAGCGCAACUGCACGCGAAGACGAUCAUCAAAUUUAUUUUCAUGGUGUGGCAUAUGUAAAUUUGGCUCCAUUACUCUACCCUGGAGUUAAAAAGAUUCGUGGUGCAUAUAAAAUCAUGGCUUUCAGUGAUCAAGAAAUAUUUGAAAAGACUAAACGCAAAGGUGGUCUUGCUGAGGAGGCUGUUCGUGUUGCUACGUCUAUGAAUAGAAAUGCUUCACCAUUCAUGAAGGGUGGUAAGGCAGCUAAAGAAGAUAAACCAGGCAAAGAAAAAGAUAACAAGAAGCAACAGCCAUCAUCCAUGCUCAAACCCACAUCAGAUACAGGUUCUGAAACUGAUGUUUUACCACCACAAAAUGUUGAGGGCAUGAUGUAUGUUGAAGCUAAGUCAUAUCUUAUGCUAGAGAUCACCCUACACAGACCAUUGGUACCCAAGAGAGCUCCAGAAAUAUUGGCAAAAAAAGUUGCUGAAUUAAUUCCACCUAGACCUUUAUUUCCAAGAAGAACUAAUGGUGCAGAGAGGGCUGUGGAUGAUUUCCAUCAUCAAAUUGCAGGUGUUGGAAACCUGGUUCUUGAAGAGUUCAGGUCAUUGUUUUCAGAUCAGUUAAAACUUGGUGAGCUGCCAAGUGGUACUGAACCAUCUGAUGAAAGAAGGCGUAAACUACUCUAUGAACUAAAUACUUCUGGGAAAUAUUUUGCAUUUAAAGAACAGCUCAAGCAUUCUGUUGUGAAAAUUGUACGUGAGAAAUAUCUGAAAACAACAUCAUUUGAUGACAAAGAAGAGCUGCAGACAUUCCUGAGUCAGCUGUAUGUGUUCCUAAUAGAUCAAAUGCAUGUAGGCCUGGGUCAGGUAUUAUCUUUGGAAGAUGAGACUCCUGUCCCACCACCAAUCACUGACAAUUCACAGCUCAAGCAUUUUGCUAGGGAAGCUGAAGUCAACGAAAACUUUGAACUUGCGUCAAAGUACUAUCAAGAGAGAAUUGCUCGAAAUAGAAAUGAUGCAGAUGCUUGGUUUGACUAUGGUACAUUCUGUCUCUUAGUAGGAGAUGCUGCCAAGGCUGAAGAGUGUUUUAAGGAGACUGUGUCUAUAAACCAACAACAUGUAUAUGGAUUAUUGUUAUAUGGUAUUGUAUGUGCUAUGGAAGAAAGGAAUGAUGUUGCUGAGACAUUCUUUGAAGCUGCUACUAAUGUGGAUCCUAGUAGUACAUUAGCAUGGACAUUACUAGGUCUCUUCUAUGAUGGUGUAGAGAAUGAUAUCCAAGCAGAAUUUGCUUUCUUAGAAGCCAACAGAAAAAACAUUGCUAAUGCAGCAGCAAAGAUGAAAUCUUUACCACCUGAUGAACUGUAUAAAGAACAUAGUGUCAUUGAAGUGGAAGAUGCUGAGAGAGAAAAAUUAAAAACACCAGCUACACCAUCAGAAAGUGGAAAAUCUCACAAAUCUACAUCUAAAGACAAAGCAGCAAGUGUGGCAUCAGGCAAGAAAAAACUCUCAAUUUCAUCCAAAACAGCUCCAGAAGGUGUCCAGAGGAAACAGAGUGCCCAGAGUAACAGAGCAGCAAGUCAAGUUGCUGAUGGUAGUAGACAGCCUACACCAACAGGAGAAGAAGAUAUACCACCCAGAGAACCUACACCAGUACCAGAUACAAGUGUUUUUAUGAUUGCUGUGGAUUUCUUGCUGGAAGUGAAAGCACAUCAGUUUUGUGAACGUGCAUUGUCACAUGAACUGCUCUCUCCUACCGGUGGUCCAAGUGCACCUUACUAUGUAGCACUAGCACGUCUAAAAUUACAGAAGAAAGAACUUGGUGAAGCUGAGGAAAGUCUACGAGAGGCACUUGUUCUGGAUCAUCAGGAUCCAGAUGCUUGGUCCAUUCUUGGUCAUCUCCAGUACUUAGUGGGUAAUAUUGCAGAAGCUAAGGGCUGCUAUGAAAGAACAUUAUCGUUUGUUGCUGAUGCACGAGAAAUGCACUCCAUCUUUCUUAGAUUGGCUUCAAUCUAUCUGCAGGAAGAGAAGUAUGAAGAUGCCAAAAAUACUUUCCUACUUGCCUGUAAGAAAUCACCAUCAUGUGUGUCCUGGCUAGGGGUUGGAAUUGCUUGUUACAGGUUGGGUGAGCUGUCUGAAGCAGAGGAUGCAUUAUCAGAAGCCAAUAUUCUAAAUAACACAGAUGCUGAAGUGUGGGGUUACCUGUCUUUGGUAUGCUUGAAAACAGCCAGGCAAUUGGAAGCUGAACAAGCUUAUAAAUAUGCUCUUAAAGUGGGUUUACAAGAUGAAAAUCUUUUGGAAGAAAUUCACAAUGUGCAAGAAGAAAUUGGUUUUGGGAAUCCACAAUUUUGAUUUAGCAAGUGAACAAAGUGAUAUUAUCUACCCCAUCCAUAGAUUAUAGAACCACAUACUUUUGUAUUAUAGAUCUGUGUUUAUUUUGUUGUGCUGAUUUGAAUCAACUAUUUGCGAAAUCUCAUGCCUAGCAGCCAUCUAGUGUUUUAACUGUAUUUUCAUUUCCAGAACUUGAUGUUUAUGGAUAUAGUUAUUUCAAAACUAAAUGCUAUUCCCCAG